AUGGGUGCUACAUUGGUCGCGAGCAUGCUAUGGAAGCGACUGCCGCCCAGACGGCCAGGAGAAUCUUCAGAUGCCUCAGGUGCCUCUGGUGCGGCUGCAACUUCCUUUGUGGCUCCGGAGGAGGAGCCGGUGCCUCAAGGUACCUACGGAAUGGUGUACAAGGCGAAAUUAUCCUCCGGGGACGUGGUAGCGGUGAAAAGAGCCAAGGCGAACCGGAAGCAGGAUGCAGGGAAAUUCCGAAAGGAGAUUGAGCUGUUGUCACAGCCGCCCCCCACUGAAUGGACGGAGAGGCUACUUAUUGCAGCGGGCACGGCACGAGGACUAGCGUAUCUGCAUGAGGAGAUUAACGUGCCCUUCAUCCACCGGGACCUCGAAUGGCACUCAAGCCCAGCAACAUCAUGGUUGACUGGCACAUGGUGCCUUGCCUUUCCCAGUAUCCCCCACUCCGUCCCCUCCUCCUCCUUAGACCAUUCUUUCCCGCUUAUCCCCUCCGCUCUCCCCUCCCUUUGCCCUCUCUCCCAACCAACCCCACAGGCCACAGCCGUCCCCCACUCAACUGGACGGAGCAUUUACUCAGCGGGCACGGCACGAGGACUAGCGUAUCUUCACGAGGAGAUCAACGUGCCGUUCAUCCACCGGGAUGUGAAGCGCAGCAACAUCAUGAUUGACCGGCACGUUGUGGCUAAGAUCGCUGAUUUCGGCACGACCAAGCCCAUGACUCCGGAAGAGCUGAGGAAGAUGUCAGUCACCAUCCAAAGAACCGCUUCCAGCAACAUCAUGAUUGACCGGCACGUGGUGGCCAAGGUUGCUGACUUUGGCACUUCCAAGCUUGAGGAGGUGCGGAAGAUGUCAGUAACCAUCCAAGGCACCUCUGUGAGUGCUCUUGAGAGUGCUUGUUGUGAGUGCUUACGGGUAGUUGAGUGGUGUGUGAGUCCAGUUCCACUUGCUGACUUUGGCACAUCCAAGCCCAUGACUCCGGAAGAGCUGAGGAAGAUGUCGGUCACCAUCCAAGGCACCACUCGCAUCAACGUGUACUCGCUGGGCAUUGUGCUGUUGCUCGAACUGCUUACUGGCAAGGGUCCUCUCUUUCGCCCCAUCUUCCCCCACACUCACCCCCUUCCCUUCCCCCUCACCCACUGCAACCCUGACUACCAGCAGCAUGCCCUUCCUUUAUAUGUUUCCCCCUCCUUGUUUCUUCUCCACCCUCCCCCCCACCCCCAGGGCUACUAUGACCCGGACUAUCUGCGCAUAGGGCACUCCUUGAAGCGCAUCGACGUGUUACCAGUGUGCGGGGCAACUCCGACUUCUAACCAUGGCUACUACGACCCGGACUAUCUGCGCACGGGGCACUCCUCGAAGCGCAUCAACAUGUUACCGUACCAGUGCUACUGCGACCCGGACUAUCUGCGCAUGAGGCACUCCUCGAAGCGCAUCGACGUGUACUCGCUGGGCAUCGUUCUGCUCGAACUGCUCACCGGCAAGGGUCCGCACAAAGUCAAGCGCCCCUACCGAUUCGAUGCAAAGGAUCGGUUUGACAGAGGGGGUCUACCGGCCAUCGUAGAUCCAACCAUGGGGCUGUACCCUGCGGACGAGCUGCACCACGUCUUCGACUUCGCCUUGUGCUGCACCGCACUCAACCGCUACAAACUCGCCUUUCUCCCGUUCCCUUUCCCCACGCAAAGAAUCGUGAAGGAUCGGUUUGACGAAGGGGGUCUACCAUCCAUCAUAGACCCAACCAUGGGGGUGAAGGAUCAGUUUGACAGAGGGGGAUUACCAUCCAUAGUGGACCCAAUUAUGGGCCUUUACCCUGCAGACGAGCUGCACCAUGUCUUUGACCUCGCCCUUCGCUGCACCGACAUCCAGAACCCUGCUGUCUUGCGAUGUACCCCGGAGGCGAUUUCCCGCUUCAUUUCCUCCGGACCGCCGUCUCAUGAUUCGGCAGACUUCCGUACCGUGCCGUCAGGCUCGGGAGCUGGCCCGGGUGGGGCGGGGCUGACGCGGUUUGCAGGAGCUAGGAAGCAGGUGGGGCAGGGUGGUGGAGAAGGGGGGACAGGUUCGGCGGCAGCAGGCUCGGGGGUGGAAGGUUUGGCAGUGGGAGGUACCGCAGGUGCAGCAUUGGCUGCAGCAAUCAGCUCUGCCUCUCCUUCUCGUUCUGACGCUGGUGAUUCUCCUCUCACCCCAGACCCCCCUAUCCCUCCUAACCGCUCUCAACCGCAACCCACCCCUGCUUGUUAUGCGCCUCUUCCUCCUCCAUCCUCGAAAAGAACACCGGGACCCCCAGCAUUCAAGGGCAGAGCAGCAGGGGUAGCAGCAGCAGGUGCUGCUGAGGCCACUGGUGGGGAUAUCCGGGAUAUGAGGGAUAGAGAGCUUGAUGGUGCUUGUGUUCCAACAGGUCCAAAUGAUCCAAGAAGCACUGGCAGAGCUUAUGUUGUGAGUCACGACGUAGGCGUGCAGAUGAAACCUGCACUAGUUGCCGCCUUCUGA